GCCAUGUCGAAGCCAAUGCAAAACUUGUAUCUGCGCGCGUCGUCGACGAAAGUUGUUAGUGGCAUAAUGUCCAACUUCGACUGCAUUGUGGUCACUUGCUCAUCUCUGAAGUGGGCGACUGCGAUUGAAUCAGAACUCCGGAUACUUCAAGCUCGGAACAUCAUUUCUAAAUCAGUCAAGAUACUCACGGUCGAGGACCCUGCAAGUAACAUUGGCAGCGGAGCUGCUACGUUGAAUGCACUUCUCGUAGUUACAGAAUAUUUGAGUGCACAUAAUGGAUAUACAGUAGUGUACCCUGAUGUACUUGAAAAAAGCCGGAUUUUGAUACUGCAUCACGGCAGAGAGUAUGCUCUGGAACCAUGUGGAAAGGCUUUUAUGAGUCUACCAGGAAUUCAUGCUGCUUCCAUUGACCAAAUUAAUGGUCAUUCUACCAACCUGGAGAAUCUAUUGAGCAUUACUUCUCAGAUGCAAGAAAAUGGUCCUCCAGGAGUUUGGGUCUGCAGCACUGACAUGAUUUUGACUUGCAGGAAUAUUGCCAUCAACUGGCCAUGGGUCAAAGACUGUCUGCUUAUUUGCUCUGCUUGUGAUCCCCUGUAUGCUGCAGGUCAUGGUGCUGUCAAGGUGAACAGUGAAGGCAUCGUUUCAAGCAUGUUGUAUUGUGGAACAUUAGAAGCCUUGCAUAACUACACACGUUCUGAUGGCACAGUUCUUGUUGUGUCUGGCAUGGUAUUUUUCUCUUCUGAGCUGGCUGAGAGUCUUCUAGCGCUGCACUCCAUAUCUCCCUUGGACUGUUGCACAUACAUGGGUGUUGAUAGUGGUGCUGAGCCAAUGCAAAUGUCAUUGUUUUUUGAUCUGCUGGUUGCCAUGGCAGAAGAUGUCUCGCAAGACUCCUUUGUUAGUGGCCAGCAUGGUCGCUGCUAUGACAAAAAAUUUAGUCUUGAGAAAAGAACUAUGGCCCAGAGGGCUCGAAAUCUUGUUUGGAAUGAGCUGUCAUCAUACACCCUAAAAGCUUAUGUUUUGGAAGGCCAGCCAAGUCACCACUAUUUGUCCAAUGAAACUACUGCCCGUCAACAUUCCGACUUUCUCAUAAACCGUGCUAGCAGCAAUUUGCUUCUUCAUGCUUUUUUGGAUGUCAAUGAAAAAGCAGUUGGUGACAAUGCUGUCCUCAUGAAUACCUUUGUAAGGAGUGGUAGAUGCACUAUUGGAAGCCACUCAUUGUUGAAAAACUGCUGCCUAGAGGCAUCUGAGGUGACUGUUGGCAAGAAUUGCUACAUAAAUGGGCUGACAGUGAACCUAAACACUCAGGCUUUGAUUAUUCCGGAAAACACCUGCAUUAUUCAGUAUGUCGUCUGUUUCGAGGAUUCUGAUGCUUCAUUGCCUGUUGUUGUCACAUUUGGAAUGGAAGACCAUCUUUGGGUGCCUUUCACUAACGAAGAUGGUCAAUUGGGCCAAAGUGCACUCAAGGAGUUCUUGUCUUUUGCUUCAGUUACAGAAGAUGACUUAUGGCCAAUAACAAUACCUAAGGCGGGAUGGUAUCAGAAUUGCCUGAUGACUGCAAAGCUGUUCACAUGCAGUGAAGAGAGCUUACAAGAUGCACUCUGCCUUCUGAACCCCACUCAAGAUCAAGAGUGCUUGAAUAAGUGGAAACACUAUAACAGGCUUUCCCUAGUGGAUGUGUUGACACAUCAGAGCCUGAAAGACCAGUUUUGUAAAUCUUGGGACACCUUCUUUCGUGUAACGAGCUCAAUCAUUAAAAAGACUCUGAUGGAGAAAUCAGAUGUGCUUAUCACCCCCUUUAUGUAUGCAGCUUGCGCUUGUGAUCGUGAGGCAAGCUUGAUGGCUGUGCUGGAUUCAGUUGCUGAAGGACAAGAGGCUAGCAAGGAUCUAGCCAUAGCAUCAAGAGCAUUUUCAUGCAUUGCUGACUUUUUGGGUGCAAUGGCUGGAAAUUUUGGCGGCUUGAGAAGCGGUCCUGGAGGCAACAAGACCUGGAUGUGUGCUUUCCAGUUGCUGGAGGAAGGACAAGUUCAGAAGGGUGCCCUAGCUUUGAAGCAGGAACGUCUCAAGUGGAUGGACCGGCCAGACCGCAUGAUGCGAGCAGCAAGGCAUUAUGAAGGUGCUCUUCAGGUGCUUAUACGAAAAGCUGUACUGACCACAGAAAAGUAUACCAUAACAGCUGCAGCUCCUUGCCCACUCCCUUUUGAAGAGUGGGCUGUGGCAGAGUGCCCUGCAAGAAUGGAUUUGUUUGGUGGGUGGACAGACACGCCACCUAUCUGCUAUGAGCUUGGGGGCUCAGUAAUUAAUAUUGCUGUGCUUGUUGAUGGCCAGAAACCCAUUGGAGCCAAGGCACGAAGAAUACAUGAACCACACAUUGUCAUCACACUGCUGCACCAAAAUGUUCCAGAGAAGGUUGAAAUAUUCACCAUGGAAGACCUUCUUGACUAUAGUCAGCCUGGUGCUAGAGGUGCUCUCCUUAAAGCCUGUCUUAUUGGCUCUGGUGUUGUCAAAAUUGACCAUGAACAUAAGCUGUCACAGCAGCUUCUAGCACUGUAUGGAGGUGGCAUUGAGCUACAGAGCUGGUCCAACUUGCCUCAAGGAUCAGGCCUGGGAACAAGUAGCAUCUUGGCUGCAGCUAUUGUGUCAGCUCUGUGGACUGCAGUUGGACGGACAUUUGACAAGCUGGCUGUCAUUCACUGUGUUCUGCUUGUAGAACAACUCUUAACAACAGGAGGAGGCUGGCAAGAUCAAGUUGGGGGAGUUACUGGUGGACUUGUGCAAGGCUCCUCCCAGCCUCACUUACCACUUUGUGUGGAUAUUGAAGUGCUGCCAUUUUCAGAUGAACUCUGCCGCCAGCUGAGCAAUCAUUUUCUUCUUCUCUACACUGGAAAAGUCAGGCUGGCCAAAAACUUGCUUCAGACUGUCAUACGAAACUGGUACACCAGAGAUGCUAAAGUGGUGUCGUGUUUCAAGGAGCUGCUUCACCUGUGCAGAACAAGUGUUAGAGAGUCCUUUCUAAAAGGGGAUCUGGAGGCGAUUGGAAAAUGGCUGGACCACUACUGGCAGCUAAAGAAAGUGCUGGCUGCUGGAUGUGAGCCAACGUUUGUUGGGCGCCUUAUGGGGCUUCUGCGGCCGCAUGUUCACGGCCAGCUCCUGCUAGGUGCAGGCGGAGGUGGUUUCCUGUGUGCCCUCACCAAACAACCCCACCAGGCAGGCUUCAUGCAGAGACUUUUGAAUGACACUCAGGGAAUGUCAAAGGUUACUGUACACAUGGUGGAAGUUGACAUGACUGGUUUGAGUCUAAGCAUCAAUGAAAGCAACAUAGAAGUUCCCUUUGUGUCUGUGCAUUAGGUCCAUGUGCAUCGUGGCUACUUAGUGGCCUUGUUGUACAGUUAUACAGAGAAGCGGCCUUUCAGUGCCCAUACUUUUGUAAUCUUUUAUUCAUUUUUGUAGCUCAAGACAAACAGCUCAAGACAAAACAAUACAUUCCAAGGGCUUUCAAGAAUACAUACUCUAUUGGUGCCUUUACAUAUAAACUCUGCAGCCUAGUCUUUGUUAUGAAUUUUCAGCAUUUUACAGGUGGAUAUAGUACUGGUAUACUGCUAUGAUAAAGCUGGAUCCUAGCAUCUGUGAAGCACAUUUUAAAGUGCCUUUAUCAGUCCUUUUUCUACAUUUCUUGUCAAUAGUGACAGCCUGCUUUUUUUUUUCAAGUCUUUGCCAGCCCAAGAGAAGCAGUUUUCAGUAGUUUCAUUGUGUGACUACAGAAUAUAUCAUUUAUUUUCUCAGUAUUCACAGCUACUAGAAGCCCAAGCACAACUGAAUUCUAAACUUUCUCCAUUAUCAAUAUAAAAUUCAUUUUAUCACUGCAUAUACCUCCUUUUUUUCCUGAACCACUGUGAAUGAAAGCUGCAAGUGAAUAUAUCAGGACACCAUGCUGAUUAGUGUUUCAGUGCAUAAUACAUACUGUGCAGUUAACAUAUAACUGCUGUAGCUAGUAAUGUAUGCCACCAACAAUAAAGAUAUGCUACUGUC